AAGAAAUUAAGGCAGUUUGAAGGGGACAAAGUAAGGGUGGAAGAUGAUUUCAGAGGCCACUUCAUGCUACCAAAAUGUCUCUCAGGGAUUGCAGAUGUUUGGGAUGGCUGAUGAUGUGGCGUCCUCUUCUCUGGAGGAGAGUUCCGUUGCAGAGACUCAGUCCAACGCUCUCCUGUACAGUUUCUCCCAUCUCAGGGACAAGGUUCUGCAGCUGCAAUCUCUGGUCGGCGUCGUUAUCUCAAGCAAUCAAGGCCAACCUGAAGCUGCCGCCCUAGCCAUAGCCGGCAUGGGCACCCUCAUUCAAGAGAUCAUCAUCACUGCUUCUUCCAUGAUGUUCACUUGUCAGCAGCUGGCUCUUGGUUCCACUGGGGUCAACAACAUCAACAGCCAUGAAUUGCACCAGCGGCAUGUUAAGGUUUCUAACAGCAGUGGCGAGGCGCAACCAGCUGCCGCUGCCUGUGGUCGGGAGGUCCAGAUGGUAGAAGCUGAACGAAGCUUCUUCACCGCCGGUGAACAUCUUGAUUGGUAUGGCGAUAACUGUAACAAUGAGACUCAUACUAGCAACAACCAUAAACACAGUAUUACCAUCAGCAGUAGCAACACCACCACCACCACCAACAACAACAACGAUGCAGAUGCAGGAGAGAAAGAAUUGCCACAUGGGGUUGAAAGUAAUGGGGGAUUACAUGGUUUUUCACCAAAAAACUGUGAAAUUAUCGAAUUGGAGGCGGCAGAUCUGUUGGCCAAAUUCACACAUUAUUGUCAAAUCUGCGGGAAGGGAUUCAAGCGAGACGCAAAUCUGAGAAUGCAUAUGAGAGCACAUGGAGAUGAAUACAAGACAAGUGCAUCUCUAAGCAACCCCAUGAAGAACGCAAACAAUUCGGAGGAAUGCAGAGAGUAUUCGACGAAAUUGGUGGCCAGGAAAUAUUAUUCAUGUCCACAGGAGGGAUGCAGGUGGAACAGGAAGCACGCCAAGUUCCAACCCUUGAAAUCUAUGAUAUGUGUGAAGAAUCACUACAAAAGGAGCCACUGCCCCAAGAUGUAUGUCUGUAACAGGUGCAACCAGAAGCAGUUCUCUGUGCUAUCCGAUCUCCGCACCCAUGAGAAGCACUGUGGAGAACUCAAGUGGCAGUGUACGUGUGGCACGACGUUCUCUAGGAAAGACAAGCUUCUGGGUCAUGUUGCUUUGUUCGUCGGCCAUGCUCCGGCGGGUGAUUGCAUAAUAAAGCAAGGGAAACUUGACAACCAGACCGUGCAAAUCCGGCCAAUGAAAUAACAGGAGGUGAAGACGAUGCCGGGACAUUAAUAUUAUUAUUCCUUUGAAGUUUCAUUCCUUUUUAUAUAAAUUCAUUACAUUCACCAAUAUUCGGCUUGUGUAUU